GCGUCCAGGCGGAGGCCAGGAAUCCCUCGGAAGAGGCAGAGCCGCCUGCCACCCAGCUCCCAGUGAUGCCUGACCGACUCUCCACCUGCGCCCCUGCCCCGUGGUGCAAGGGAGGUCUUGCCUCUGGUCUCCUGGCCGCUGGGAAGCGGAGCAUGACUCCUCCCCUUCGUCCCUUUGGUCCCCGCCAGGCGGCGCGGUCGGCCGGACCUGGAUUCUUGGCGACUGCGAGUCCUGGCCGCCGCAGGGGUGUUGAGAGUAGCGAGAGAGACGCUGGGAAAGCCUGCGGAGAGCGGUCUAUCGCUUGGACGGCUCCAGAUUGAGGCCCAUGCUCCGGGGACCUCAUGGAACUGAUGGAGAGGAACGAUGCGAUGGCUUGGCAGUGGGACUGUUUAUCUCCAGAUGCAGAAGGUCUCAGUGCUGCUCUUCCUGGCCUGGGUCUGCCUCCUCUUCUACGCUGGCAUUGCCCUCUUCACCAGUGGCUUCCUGCUCACCCGUUUGGAGCUCACUAACCAUAGCAGCUGCCAGGAGCCCCCAGGUCCUGGGUCCCUGCCAUGGGGGCAUCGAGGACAGCCCGGGGCCUGCUGGAUGGCGGCCCAGUUCUCCCGGGUCGUGUUGGUGCUGAUAGACGCUCUGCGAUUUGACUUUGCCCAGCCUCAGCGCUCCCAUGGGUCUGGGGAGCCUCCUGCCUCCCUGCCCUUUCUGGGCAAACUAGGUUCUUUGCAGAGGAUCCUGGAGACUGAGCCUCACCGUGCACGCCUCUACCGAGCGCAGGUGGAUCCACCCACCACCACCAUGCAGCGCCUCAAGGCCCUCACCACCGGCUCACUGCCCACUUUUGUCGAUGCCGGCAGCAACUUUGCUAGUCACGCCAUAGUAGAAGACAAUCUCAUUAAGCAACUCAACAGUGCAGGAAGGCGUAUCGUCUUCAUGGGAGAUGACACCUGGAAAGCCCUUUUCCCUGGAGCCUUCUCCCAAGCUUUCUUCUUCCCGUCCUUCAACACCAGAGACCUCCACACAGUGGACAAUGGCAUCUUGGAACACCUGUAUCCAACCAUGGACAGUGGUGAAUGGGAUGUGCUGAUUGCUCACUUCCUGGGUGUGGAUCACUGUGGCCACAGGCAUGGCCCGCACCACCCUGAAAUGGCAAAGAAACUUAGCCAGAUGGACCAGGUGAUCCAGGGACUUGUGGAGCGUCUGGAAAAUGACACACUGCUGGUGGUGGCUGGGGACCAUGGGAUGACCGUGAGUGGCGACCAUGGAGGAGACAGUGAGCUGGAGGUCUCGGCUGCACUCUUUCUGUACAGCCCCACAGCCCUCUUCCCGAGCACUCCGCCAGAGGAACCAGAGGUGAUCCCUCAAAUCAGCCUUGUGCCCACACUGGCCCUGCUGCUGGGCCUGCCCAUCCCGUUUGGGAACAUUGGAGAAGUGAUUGCUGAGCUGUUCUCAGGGGGCAAGGACUCCCAGCCCCUCUCCUCUGCUCUGGCCCAAGCCUCGGCUCUCCAUAUCAAUGCCCAGCAGGUGUCCCGAUUUCUUCACACCUAUUCAGCUGCUACUCAGGACUUCCACGUUGAGGAGCUCCGUCGGUUGCAGAACCUGUUCUCCAAGGCCUCUGCUGACUACCAGUGGCUUCUGAAGAAUCCCCAGGGGGCUGAGGAGACGCUGAAGGCUGUGACUGCUGAGCUGCAGCAGUUCCUGCGGGGAGCUCGGGCCGUGUGCAUCGAAUUUUGGGCUCGUUUCUCUCUGGUCCGCAUGGCGGGGGGCGCUGCUCUCUUGGCUGCUGCCUGCUUUCUCUGCAUGUUGGCAUCCCAGUGGGCAACAUCCCCGGCCUUCCCCUUCUACUCCCUACUCCUGAUGCCUGUGGCCUGGGGCGUGACUGGGGCCGUCGUGUGUGCUGGACUGCUGGCGACCACUGGGCUGAAGCUGGAUGCGGUGGUUCUAGCAGCAGUGGCUGCAGUGGGCUCCCUGCUGCCGUUUCUGUGGAAAGCCUGGGCUGGCUGGGGGCCCAGGAGGCCACUCACAAGCCUGCUUCCCAUCCCUAGGCCCAUCCUGUUACUUCUGCUCAUUCGCCUGGCUGCCUUCUUCUCUGAUAGUUUUGUUGUAGCUGAGGCCAAGGCCACCCCCUUCCUUCUGGGCUCGCUCAUCUUGCUCCUCGUUGUGCAGCUUCAUUGGGAGGGCCAGAUGCUGCCACCUAAGCUGCUCACGAUACCCCGUCUUGGCUCUUCUGCCCCAACAGGCCUCCCACGGCACAGUGGCACAUAUGCCCUGAGGCUUGGCGUUGGCUUGCUUUUAUGUACAAGGCUAGCUGGGCUGUUUCAUCGCUGCCCUGAAGAGACACCCGCUUGCCACUCCUCUCCAUGGCUGAAUCCUCUGGCAUCCAUGGUGGGCGGUCGAGCCAAGAAUUUGUGGUAUGGAGCUUGUGUGGGGGCGCUGGUGGCCCUGUUAGCUGCUGUGCGCCUAUGGCUUCGCCACUAUGGUAAUCUCAAGAGCCCUGAGCCCCCUGUGCUUUUUGUGCGUUGGGGGCUGCCCCUAAUGGCACUGGGCACUGCUGCCUACUGGGCGCUGGCUUCGGGAGCAGAGGAGGCACCCCCGCGUCUCCGAGCCCUGGUUGCUGGGGCGUCGGCUGUGCUGCCUCGGGCUGUGGUGGGGCUGGCCGCCGCAGGGCUCGUGCUGCUGCUCUGGAGGCCCGUCACGGUGCUGGUGAAGGCCGGGGCGAGUGCCCCCAGGACCAGGACUGUCCUCACUCCCUUCUCAGGCCCCCCCACUUCUCAGGCCGACCUGGAUUACGUGGUUCCUCAGAUCUACCGACACAUGCAGGAGGAGUUCCGGGGCCGGCUAGAGAGGACCAGAUCCGAGGGUCCACUGACGGUGGCUGCCUAUCAGUUGGGGAGUGUCUACUCGGCUGCCAUGGUCACGGCCCUCACCCUGUUGGCCUUCCCACUUCUGCUAUUGCACACGGAGCGCAUCAGUCUCGUGUUCCUGCUUCUGUUUCUGCAGAGCUUCCUUCUCCUGCACCUGCUUGCUGCCGGGAUCCCCGUGCCCCGCCCUGGUCCUUUUACUGUGCCUUGGCAGGCAGUCUCAGCUUGGGCCCUCAUGGCCACACAGACCUUUUACUCCACUGGCCACCAGCCUGUCUUUCCCGCCAUCCAUUGGCACGCAGCCUUCGUGGGAUUCCCAGAAGGUCACGGAUCCUCUACUUGGCUGCCUGCUUUGCUAGUGGGAGCCAAUACCUUUGCCUCCCACCUUCUCUUUGCAGUAGGUUGUCCACUGCUCCUGCUCUGGCCCUUUCUGUGUGAGAGUCAAGGGCCAAAAAGGAGACAGCACCCCCCAGGGCAUGAAGCUGAGGCCAAAGUCAGGCCUGAGGAAGAGGAGGAGGAGGAGCCACUGAUGGAGAUGCGGCUCCGGGAGGCCCCUCACCAUUUCAAUGCAGCACUGCUGCAGCUGGGCCUCAAGUACCUCUUUGUCCUUGGCGUUCAGAUUCUGGCCUGUGUCCUGGCAGCCUCCAUCCUCCGCAGGCAUCUCAUGGUCUGGAAGGUGUUUGCCCCCAAGUUCAUUUUUGAGGCCCUGGGCUUCAUUGUGAGCAGCGUGGGACUUCUCCUGGGCAUAGCCUUGGUGAUGCGAGUGGAUGGUGCCGUGAGCUCCUGGUUCAGGCAGCUAGUUCUGUCCCAGCAGAGGUAGCUCAGGCUGUUGUGGAUGCUUGCACGUAGAGAGCUGGAGAACAAGUUAGCCUGGACAGGUGCUGGAUGACCUGCAGGAGAGGCUCAGCCACACUGCCUCUUACCACUGUGUAUCCAGGGGCUGCUGGCUGCUGGGACUUCAUUAUGUGAUCAUUCAGAACGACAGUGGCUCGUGAUCCCUUAACUCCGGAUUUGGAUGCAUCUGAGAGACUAGGAAGGUGAUCUCCCAAGAAGAAUAAAAUCAUAAUGUAAAUAA